CAUCAUCACUACUCUUGUUGGCAUUGUGCAGCAAUCUGUCAGAAUCGAUUUUAAAUAGGGCGCUCAACGACGCCUGCAACAACAAUUGUCUUGGCCCGCCCAGCAGCAUCACACCUGCUCGUGACGACCCGAGUCACCCUCACCUCCACCCCAGACCCUCCUCAAUCCCGCCAUGACAACGACCCGUCCCACACCUUGCCCAUAACCUCCCUCUUUCCAACAACUGACAACUUCCACGUCCUUUUGCACCCCUCUUGCAAGCACAGACCGGGGCCCACUCGCCGCUCGGGUGCACUGCGCACCUCGCCACCCCCCCUCCCACCGCCGCCGCGACGCUUGCCACCUCCCUAGUCUCCCCGGGAAACGUCAAGGCCACGAUGAGCGGCGCCUUCUCGUCAUUCGUCAACAAUGACGACGACGGGCGCUCCUCUGGCCACUUGCACCAAGCCGCCCAACCCCCACCUGCCUUUGCGACCAGCACGCCGGCUUCCCCGCUCCGCUUCGCAGCCAGCUCGGGAGCCUUUGGCCUCGGCUCGUCAAACAGCAGCAGCAACGGCGCCCCCGGGCCAAGUGGGACCGCUGGCGGCGGGAUGGGACUGUUUGGCGGCAACCACACGCACUCGCACUCGCAUUCUCAAUCGCUCAGUAGCCAGCCCCAUCCACACACGCUCAACAGCAACCACGCCCACGGUCAUUCACACUCUCAUUCUCUCUCGCAUUCCUCUGGCUCAUCGACGGCCGUGAGCCCAACAUCACCAGGCCCGACUCGCCGCCUCCGCCGCCCGUCGUUGCUAUCGCUGGCACCAACCAACCAGAACGACGCCAUGGGCCCACGCAGUGAUGAUCAGCCCUCGCCCACCGCCGCCUUUGGGUCGGAUGUGCCAAGCCUGUCGAGCGGCUCAAACUCGCCGGCAAUGAGCACGUCCAUUUCGCAUCAGCAGCACCAGGGCGCGGGGUCCUUUGGGCAAGGGCACCACCACAUCGGCUCGCCGCCAGCACUGCAGCCACUGCCGCGCUGGGGCACAAGCGUCGCGCCAUUCACAGCUAUCACCGGCGCCCCUGUCGAGCGUGUGUCAUCUGCGCCGCCCAUUCCAAUCGAGGGGCUCAAGACGAGCAACUCGCCCGUGCCAUUAUCGACAGGCCGCAGCGCCGACGCGUGCGACUCGGGAAUGGACGUCUCCGAGAUGAGCUCGCCGCCGAGGUGGUUGCCAGGUCACUUGCAGCGCCGCCGCACGAUUGGCGGCAAGUCGAACGUGCUCGGCGGGGACGAGGACGCCGAGUCAUCUUCGUCGGGGACCAAGUCGCGCUUCCCAGGCAGACCACUCCACGGCGCCCUCCUGGCAACUCUUAUCUCCGAGUCGGCCCCGCUGGAACACGAGAUGCGCUCGGAAGCGCGCCUCCAACGCUUAAUCACGUCGCAUCCUUCUGCACUUCCCCUUACACCAAGACAACGGCGGAACACACGGGGCUCCCGAGGAAGGUUUCCUGAAAUGGUCGGUGGCGAUGACGAUGACGAUGAUGAUAUUCCACGGCGGCGCCUCAGUCUUGGUGCGAGGUGGCGUGCGGCGUCGAGCGACUCGGACUCGGACGACAUGAUGGACGACGAGCCGUCCUGGCCUACGCCGUCCGCGGCGGCCGGGGCAGUCAACUCGGCGUUUGCAAGCGUCAUGGACCUCGACCGCCCGGCUUCGAGCGGAAGCAGCAGCGCGUGGCCUGGACGAUCAGAUUCUGGUAAGAGUACACCAGCUGGAAUGAGAGCUGGAUCUGCGGCUCCGGGAUCUAUGACCCCCAACCCCAAUGGAUUCUCAAGCGACAGCGGACCUACACCGGGCACAGUCACUCCCGGGUCUCAAUGGCAGGGCCAAGCGCCAAAGUCGGCACGGCUCAACAUUGUUGUUGGCGCAUCACCCGGAAUGGGCCUCCAGUUACCGACAGCAUUUGGUGGCUUAGCCAUGGGUGGCGGCGGAGGAGGAGGCACGCCGUUGGGCUCGCCUACAGCGGAAAAGUCCGAGCUCGGGGCGAGCCCAAGCGCCAUGAGCCUUGCCAGCCCGGGCAUGAUGCAGUACCGCGACCCCGUCCCGAUCAGAAGCGGCAAGCGAAAGGCGGCCGCAGAGGACCGGUUCGACCCGUACAAGCGGCCUCGCGGGUCAUCGCCAUCGCCAUUUCAGAACGUUGCGCUGUCGCCCUCCAAGCCGACGGCCAUCCCGAUACCGAGCUCGCCGAGUCACGCGCCGCACGUUGGCUCAGCCCUGGCACUGGGCUCGCCAGGCUACCUGAAUCUGGGGCGGCCCGUCAAGUCGGCCCACCCCCACCCGUACACGCGACCCAUGAGCUCGCGGUCGCGCGCGGCGUCGCCGGCGCUGAGCAUCGGCAGCACGUCGGGCGUGCUGUCGUCUUCGCUCGGGAACGGCGGCUUGACUGGUCCAAGCAGGCCAUUAGGCGGCCCCUUCAUCCCCACCGGACCAGGCGCGUCGGCCGCAGUCAACGCCGCGAGCGCGCCUGGCGCUGCGCCGCCCAGCCUCGGAGGGAUCGGCUUCCUCUCGCUCACAGCCGCGGGCAUGGGUGUGGCGGAGGAGCGCGAGGCGGAAGAGGCCGAGGACACUGAGACGCUGCUGGAGAAUGCAAUGGAGGAGGACUAG